AUGGUCGACGAUUCAGCAUUGGCCGCCGCCGCCGCCAUCGUGCAGUCCCUUGCCGCCGAUGGCACCACGCCCAUGUCUCUUCCCUUCAAGGUCGAUGCGCGAAUCGAACUUCCCGGUCGUGAUACCCCUGCCAAACGAAGUCUGGAGAACGAGCUCGCCAAGCUCGCCCAAAGAAUCGAGAAACUCGAGAACCGAGCCCACGCCUCUGUGGCCUUCCCGGAGACGCCCAACGAAGUUCACGAUUCUCUCUUCGCCGACGACUCCGAGGGCACAUCACCGUCAUCGUCCAACAGUCGUCCUAUUUCCAGGCCCAAGUUCCAACGCGAAGGUACCGCCACAGCCGACCCGAGCCUCGCAGACAGCCCGCUGACUGACGAAGCCUUGGAAAGCUUGCAAGAGAAGGUGCUUGACCAGGAGAAAGGCAUUUCCAGCGCCAGACAGGAAAUCAGCAGUGUAAGCGCUCAGCUUCUCGAGCAAAAGGAACUCCAGGAACAGGCUUUCUUCAAGAUCGAACAGGAGCGAGUUGCUACUCUGGAACGGGAACUAUGGAAGCAUCAAAAGGCAAACGAGGCCUUCCAAAAGGCCCUGCGAGAAAUCGGUGAGAUUGUUACUGCUGUUGCGCGCGGAGACUUGUCCAAGAAGGUCCGCAUGAACACCGUCGAAAUGGAUCCCGAAAUCACGACUUUCAAAAGGACAAUCAACACUAUGAUGGAUCAGCUGCAGGUUUUCUCAAGCGAAGUCUCUCGCGUCGCCCGCGAAGUCGGAACCGAAGGUUUGCUCGGCGGUCAGGCUCGCAUCGAAGGUGUCGACGGCACUUGGAAAGAACUCACGGACAACGUCAACGUCAUGGCUCAAAAUCUCACGGAUCAAGUGCGAGAAAUCGCAUCGGUAACAACUGCUGUCGCCCAUGGUGAUUUGACCAAGAAAAUCGAACGCCCUGCCAGAGGAGAAAUCCUGCAACUGCAACAAACGAUCAAUACCAUGGUAGACCAACUGCGGACUUUUGCCUCUGAAGUCACUCGAGUCGCUCGCGAUGUCGGAACCGAGGGUAUUCUUGGUGGUCAAGCCGACGUCGAAGGGGUCAAGGGGAUGUGGAACGAACUAACGGUCAACGUCAACGCCAUGGCAAAUAAUUUAACCACACAAGUGCGAGAUAUCAUCAAGGUAACCACAGCCGUGGCCAAGGGCGACCUUACGCAAAAGGUUCAAGCGGAUUGCAGGGGCGAAAUCUUUGAUCUCAAGUCCACUAUCAACUCCAUGGUAAACCAACUUCAACAGUUCGCCCGCGAGGUCACCAAGAUUGCCAGAGAGGUUGGCACGGAAGGCAGGCUCGGUGGUCAGGCCACCGUCCACGACGUCGAAGGAACCUGGAGAGACCUCACCGAAAAUGUCAACGGCAUGGCGAUGAACUUGACGACACAAGUACGAGCAAUUGCCAAGGUCACCACCGCUGUCGCGAAUGGUGACCUGACUGAAAAAAUCAGAGUGCCUGUGAGAGGUGAAAUUCUCGAUCUCAAGAAUACCAUCAACACCAUGGUUGACCGUCUUGGAACCUUUGCUUUCGAGGUCAGCAAAGUCGCCAGGGAAGUCGGCACGGACGGAACUCUCGGCGGACAAGCCCAAGUCGACAACGUAGAAGGCAAAUGGAAGGAUCUCACCGAAAACGUCAAUACCAUGGCAUCGAACCUAACCUUACAAGUCCGAAGCAUUUCGACUGUUACCCAGGCCAUUGCCAACGGCGACAUGAGCCAGAAGAUCGAGGUGGAGGCGCAAGGAGAGAUACGGGUUCUCAAGGAAACCAUAAACAACAUGGUUGACCGGCUCUCCAACUUCUGCAACGAGGUACAAAGAGUUGCCAGGGACGUCGGCGUCGACGGCAAGAUGGGUGCUCAAGCAGACCCAGCUGGUCUGAAGGGUCGUUGGCGCGAGAUCACGACAGACGUCAACACCAUGGCUAGCAAUUUGACAACUCAAGUGCGCGCAUUCUCUGAUAUCACGAACCUCGCGACAGACGGGGACUUUACGAAACUGGUCGAAGUCGAAGCCUCCGGUGAAAUGGACGAGCUCAAACGAAAGAUCAAUCAGAUGGUGUCCAAUUUACGGGAUAGUAUCCAAAGGAAUACGCAAGCUCGUGAAGCAGCAGAACUGGCCAACAAGACGAAGUCGGAGUUCCUGGCAAAUAUGUCUCACGAGAUUCGCACACCCAUGAAUGGCAUCAUCGGCAUGACGCAACUGACACUGGAUACGGAUUUGACACAGUAUCAACGAGAGAUGUUGAACAUUGUCAACAGUCUAGCGAACAGUCUGUUGACAAUCAUUGAUGACAUUUUGGAUCUGUCCAAGAUUGAGGCUCGCAGAAUGGUCAUCGAAGAGAUUCCGUACACGUUGCGUGGAACUGUGUUCAACGCACUGAAAACCCUAGCCGUCAAGGCGAACGAAAAGUUCCUCGACCUCACGUAUCGCGUUGACAGCUCUGUACCAGACCACGUCAUUGGAGAUUCAUUCCGUCUGAGGCAGAUCAUUCUCAACCUAGUCGGCAACGCCAUCAAGUUCACGGAGCACGGCGAGGUUAGCUUGACCAUUAAGAAGGCAGAUCCUGUGGUUUGGGCUUGCAACCCUGACCAGUACGCCAUCGAAUUCAUCGUCACCGACACUGGUAUUGGCAUUGCAGCCGACAAACUUGAUCUCAUCUUCGACACAUUCCAGCAGGCCGAUGGUUCCAUGACCAGGAAGUUCGGCGGUACCGGUCUCGGCUUGUCCAUCUCGAAACGUCUCGUCAAGCUCAUGGGCGGCGACUUGUGGGUCAAGAGCCAACACGGUCAGGGCAGUGAGUUUCACUUCACGUGUCGCGUCCGUUUGUCGGAUCUCGGUGUCGAGGUCAUCGAGAAGCAGAUCAAGCCAUACAAGGGCCACGAGGUUCUCUUUGUCGACAAGGCGCAGUCGGGCUACGGAACUCAGAUCAAGACGAUGCUGUCCACCAUUGGCUUAAAGCCGGUUGUUGUCGAGUCAGAGAAGGACCCGUUGCUUACCGGCGUCCGGGACGCUCAGGCAAUGCCAUACGAUGUCAUCAUUGUCGACUCCAUUGACACAGCCAGGAGGCUCAGAUCUGUCGACGACUUCAAGUACCUGCCAAUCGUUCUCCUGGCGCCCGUUGUCCAUGUGAACCUCAAGUCCUGCUUGGAUUUGGGAAUCACGUCGUACAUGACGACGCCCUGCACCGCUGUUGAUCUCGGCAACGGAAUGAUCCCUGCCCUCGAGAACCGCGCCACGCCUUCUCUGGCCGACAACACCAAAUCGUUCGAAAUCCUGCUUGCUGAAGACAACCGAGUCAACCAGAGGCUUGCCGUCAAGAUUCUUGAAAAGUACCAUCAUGUGGUCACCGUCGUCGGCAACGGUCUUGAGGCGGUGGAGGCCAUCAAGAGGAAGAAGUUCGAUGUCAUUCUCAUGGAUGUCCAGAUGCCAAUCAUGGGCGGUUUUGAGGCAACAGGCAAGAUCCGCGAGUACGAGCGAAGCUUGGGCUCGCACCGUACUCCGAUCAUUGCCCUGACAGCCCACGCCAUGAUGGGUGACCGUGAAAAAUGCAUCCAGGCACAGAUGGACGAGUACUUGUCCAAACCUCUGCAGCAAAACCACCUUAUCCAGACCAUCCUCAAGUGCGCGACCCUCGGUGGCCAGCUGCUGGAGAAGAACCGAGAGAGGGACACGGCUCAGCAGCCAAGAGCAAAGGCUGCCACCAACGAGCAUCCCCAGUCUCAGCUUCGCCCACCUCUGGAGACCAGAGCCUUCACCUCAAAAGAACCAAUCACAGGACCCAGCCCAGCCAGCCCAGCGUUGGUCUCGGCGGAUCAGGAAGAUCCCAUUUCCAGGGCACGUAAUGGCCUUUCCGACUCGCGCAGCCUAACAAGCUAA